GAUUCUCCCUCUUGGAUCAGCUGCGUCCUUUCGUAACUGUUUCAGUCGUUACCCCAGACUCCAUUCGUUCAAGUCUCCACUCGCUUCGGGGUUCUUCUCGACUAUCAAGACCUGAAUAUUCGCAUCGAGCUUUCUCCGGGGGGGCUCUGUUUCUCUCGUUUCUGGAUAGAACUCCUUACCAAGUUUCGUGAACUCCAUAGUUUCUCUACAGUCGCUACCAGAUCAUCCAAAUGGUCCUGUUCCGCUCCGUGCUCGCUUUCGCCUCUGUGGCUGGCCUUGCAAUCAGCCAAGAUGCCAGUACAACAACGGUAGAUAUCCAGAGCCUCGACGAUGGCACGAAAAAGCAAUGGUGCAUAGCACAAACCUCCUCCUGCCCUCUUCUCUGCCUGCAGCUCCCCGGCGCAUCCGGUGACCCAACAUCCAACACCUGCGAUGAUGACACGCUAGCCUAUAACUGCGUCUGCGACAACGGCCAAUCCCCCAACGCCUCCGAAUACUCCCAAACGAUCCCGUACUUCCUCUGCACGGAAGAAAACAACAACUGCGUGGCCGCUUGCAGCCAAGGCGACUCCAGCUGCCAGGACAGUUGCCGCACCAGCAACCCAUGCGGUGCGCAGAACCCUAAACUCGUCAAUACGACUUCUACCAAUGGGUCUUCGACCGCGACGAGCACAACUACCUCCACCACUUCUUCUCUCGCGCCCUUCACGGGCCUGCCUGAUGAUGACGAGGGCGCUGCUGUAAGGCCUGUGACGGAUUUGAGGCAGGUGUAUGGGCUUUUUGCCGUGCUAGGUGGAUUCUUCGCUGGUUUUACGAUUUUGCUCUAGAAGUUCGAUUGAUUGCGUGCAUGCAUGCAUGCUUUUCUGGCAUGGCAUACUAUAGCGUGUUAUUUCUUGAUGAGUUAUCACUGCUACUGACGGGAUCUCCUGCUUUGCUUUAGUUUAUUUCAUGAUGUUUACCUCGGGUUCAGCGAUAAUACUAAUACUCCUGUCAUCUACUGAUUUUGCAUGGCAAUGGAACUGGUUAUAUGAAGU